UUCCAGUGAAUUUCACCACUGUGCCAAGUAACAAGACGGCAAAUGAAACAGACGCAGUAACUUUCCUCUGUAGUGCUUCUGGAAACCCUGUGCCAACAAUCACAUGGCUGAAAGAUGGACAAACAGUGGGCAAUCAAACAACUUUAACAUUUACUGUAUUCAGAAACCACUCAGGGAACUAUUCAUGCUUUGCAGAUAAUGGCUUGAAUGUAACUGUUACUGCCAGAGCUUACCUUGAUGUCCAGUGUAUGUAUGAUUUUUUUUAGGUUUGUACAUGAACGCUGUAGUAUGCAUAAUUCAUGAUUUCAAAAUGGGAGAAAAAAUUGUAGGAGGCAGCUGAAGUAUUUCUUGCUACUGUUGCAUUUGUAUGUUUGGUUGAGUUCCGAAAAUGUAAAUAGUUUCAUAUAAUUUUUGGCUUAACUGGAAACAAAAACAUGCUACUAAGUUCACAAGAGAGGCUUUACAAAAAACUGCAUGUAGAUUCAAUUCUUCAAAUUUUAAGAUUAAAUUUUACAUGUAUUUGGGGCCAUUCAAAUUUUUCACUUACUAAGCUUAUGCUUUGAAAAGUGCAUGGGAACCUUCAUGAAAAUGCCAACAGUACAAGUGCAUAGCCAGAAUGUCAUUGUCGCGUCGUUACCCAAGAAUUAAUUUUGUGGUCAACAGGUCACAAGGGAGUCUAUUUUAAUUUGUAUCUCAAAAAUAAUAAGAGUCAUUUAGUAUUCUGAGAUGAAUGCAAUUAACUUUUUUUCAAACAAAUUAUUUUGCUCGUAAUUACUCUGUGACUGUAUAAAUAUUAUUAAAAUAUGAAAUUAAUGAUUUUUUCCUUUUGCAGUCAAGCCUGAAAAUACCCAACUCUCAAUGGGCAGUUUAAACACCAGUGCAGUUUUACUGGGUAGCACAGUUACCUUUAACUGCUCCACAUCUUCAUAUCCAUCUCCACAUGUUUACUGGUUUUACCACAAUGAAGUGUUUAUUGGCAGUAAUGUCAGUGGGUUUUACAACCUAAAGAUGAGUAGAAGUGGUGUUUAUUCCUGUUUGCCUGUAAACAGGGCUGGUGUUGGAGAAACUGCAACUGUCAACUUGACUGUUGUUGGUAAGUUGUUGUAUUGUACUUAGAACUAAUCUUUCUUGAGGGGGGGGUUACAGUUUACAGGGGGGUGGUGUGUGUCCCAAAUCUUUGUAACUUGUACUUGUCUUGUUUAAUUUGAAAAUACCAUUAGAUAGCAUUAAGAAAGAGCCAGAGAUAUUGAAUUGAGUAGAAUUGAUUAUAAUAUUAUUAUGGUGUUUUAGCAGUCAAGACAUGCUUUUGGCUUUAAAGUUAAACCACAGAAGUACAUGUGAAAAUAAUAAAAGAAGCAAUUUGGACCAUAAUCUUAAAAACAAUGGUGAAAAUCGAGUUGCAAUGUAAGAGAACAUUGAUUUUUGUAUUGCAUCUCAUUUCGUAGAGGCCUUUUGUCCCCUGUGCUUCCCUUACAUGUAUGUGAUGAAAUGCAUCUUAUUUUGCUUUUUUUCGUGCAUCUUCAGAACCUUGGAUAUUUUCCUGAAAUACAUAUUUGAAUUCAUACUAGGGUUUCAGUAGCUUUCAACAGUGUUUUUUGCAAAAAUUUCUACAGAAAAAAAUUAAUGCUUAAAAAAUAUUUUUGAUGAUGCAGUGUUUGUUUGCCUGCACAGCAUUGUGGAAUAGCUGUUUCCUUGCCAGGCAAACAUUUUAGUGUUCAAUACCCACUUGGUACAUGGUGUUUUUUUUUUCAUACCAGGAUUGUCACUAAGAUUUCCAGUUUUGGGGUUUACGUGUAUACCGGUAAUACAACAAGAAGGUUGGGGAAUCAAGCAUCUUUAGGGAUUUCUUUUGGCCUUUUUUUGUUAUAUUUUUUAAUGAAAUAGCUAGGGGUCACCUUCAAAGUAGCUGAUGGAAUUCCCUGAGGCUCCUGGCUCUUGAUGACAACUCUUUUUGAGGUAGAAAAUUGUUGUACAUGUAUUUCAAGCAAAGGCUGUGGGGUUUAAUUUAAUUAAUUGAAUUUACACUUAAAUUCAGGUUUAUAUUUCUAAACCUCUGACCUAAUCAUUCUGUUCAUACACUGUACAUAAGGGCUGUCACUAAGGCAACUCCUCACGAGGAUGACUCCUGCUACUUCAUUACAAAACAUCAGGAAAGAAGAAGUAAAAGAACUCUCUAAUAAUUGUUCAAUUCCCACGCACUAAUAUAUAACAAUUAUUCACCGAAGUGGAGGUGACUAGUGGAUUUUUAAUUAACUCAUUUACUGUUGCCAACGAUUACAACUUUGGUGCACGAUGACCAAACGGCCGCGGUCGUCGCUUUUUCUUGUCAACAAAUAAAACUUUUGAAGGCAUUUGUUUAGCUCAUGCGGGGAAGUUUCUUCAAAAGGAGUUGUGAAUUCUUUUUGUAUUUAAACUCAUUCUGUAUAAAAGAUUAUUAGAUUUAGUUUUAAGCUUAUUUAUGAACAAGUCAACUAAAUAAAGUAACGCAAGACUUAGCUUAAUUUGCAUUUGUAAUUCACCGAUUUUAUCGAUUAUUUUAUGUCAAAAAGGCAAAGCUUUACCUGUUAAAACUUCCAAACCGAACUUCGUCACCUUUUUCAUGUAUUUUGGGAACAGCUUGCUUGACUAGUUGUGAAAUUUCUUUUUUUGUUACGGCAGCAAACCAGGAAGGCAUUUUGCUCGCAACUUACGUGAGUUUGGCGUCGCUCGGUUGGAGGAAAUGAAGGUGAAUCAGUGAAUAGUGCAGGAUAUUCACUGAUUGAGUAGCCAAUCAGAGCGUGCAAAAAACACUAUCCACUGUUUUAGUAUAUACUAAAUUGGAAUAUACACAUCAACUUGAAAUCUUGGUAACAACCCUGACACAUGUACUACAGUGACUGUGUAGAGCGCAAUAAUAAUAUUAUAACAAUUAUGAAUGGAUUGUUUUAGGAAAACAAUAAAAUCAUUUACAUGUAGGAAUAUUUUGAUUGGUAAAUAAGUUUUACAAUACUUAUUUUUGACCUUUUUUCAGAUCUACCCAGAGUUUCAGUCUCUCCAGCAUCAUUAAUUAUUUUGGAGGGUAUAGAUAAUGCAACUCUGACAUGCAAUGCAACUGGGAUUCCUUCUCCUGUGAUAACUUGGAGUUUAAUCAGUACUGCUGGUCCGAGUAUCCUGUCUCAGUCAGCAGUCCUUAAUCUG